AUCGUGAAACUGAUUAGUUCCGAUGAUGAAACUGGUUAUAUGAGUCACGGUUAACGCCACAAGUACUGCUCAGUUUAACAAGUAUUUUCAAGCUGCCUAGUCGCUCCUCACCAAAGAUGAAGAUUCUUUUCGUCUGUUUAGCCAACACGUGCCGCUCGCCGAUGGCGGAAGCCGUGAUGCGGCACCUGCUGGCCAAAGAGCCGGCCCUCGGCUGGACCGUGGACAGUGCGGCCAUCGCAGACUGGAACGUGGGCGGGCUGCCGAACGCGCGAUCGCUCGAGGUGCUCCGGGGAAACGGAUUCAAGUCGCGGCACAUUUCGCGGCAAAUUCGGCGCGAAGAUUUCUACGAGUUUGACUUCAUUCUCGGCAUGGACGAGAGCAACCUGUACGAUUUGCGGAAACUGGCGCCGGAGGAUUGUAGGGCGAGGAUUGAAUUGUUGGGGAAGUACCGGAUGGAGGAGGCGGAUAGGAUCAUUGUGGAUCCGUACUUUGAAAAAGGAAUUCGUGGCUUCAAACGAUGCUACAAUCAGAUUGUAGUUUGCUGUCGAAAUUUUAUCGAGCAAAACAGAACAGCGUGCUCUGGCCAGGAUGAUUCAAACUACUUUGGAGUGUUGUGUCCGGAUUAGAAUGUUUAUGUUUUAAAAAUUAUAACAGAUAAAUGCUAGUUAUCUUAAAGUUACAAUAUUUAGUAAUUGUUGGUGAUCAGAAUAGAUUUAAUCAUGUUACAAAUGUAUUUAAUUUAUAUUUACAAUCAAAUUGAACAUUUUGAUUAUCUUCCUAAUAAAUAAAUAAUCAAGAUCUAUGAAAACAUAAUUUCAACAUUUUUAUUAGUCUUUGCCUCAGA